AGGAGGAGUUUUCAUUUUGCUGUAGAAGGAUGCAGAACACCUGCCCUCUAUCUGCACAGUGCUGAUUGGCCCUGUGCUGAUCACAUGCACUCUCCCAAAAAAAAAAAAAAAAAAACCUCUCUCGCAAUACACACCAAACUGAGCAUGUGCAGAGCGACUCAACACGAUAUGUCUUAUCAGGAGAAGGGGAGGAUCAGAGAAGUCAGAAUCAAACAGCAUUUUUAUAUAAUGAAGAGGAUUAACCCCUUAGGUUCCACAGUGAGUAUUGUAGUGCUUUUGGGAUAAGGUGGUGCUUUAUGAAUAAGGAAUUAUUAA